AUGGCCGUGGUUGGCUACGACGUCUACUACUACCUCUAUCUUCACGAGGAUGCACAGGGCGAUCCCGCGCUGAAUCCAAAACGAUUCCUCAAGUUCCAGCUCAACGAGGUGAUCCCCCUGACCUCGGAUACGUCGCUGUUUCGGUUCCAGAUGAACAUGCCUCUGGCCAUGGUUCAGCAGAUCCCGGUGCCGUGCUCGGUCAUUGUCAAGGAUCACACAUGCCAAAUCGGGCGCCACUACAGCCCCAUCUCGUGGGACUAUGACCACUUUGACCUGAUUGUCAAGAAGUAUCCCGACGGCGCCGUGAGCCAGUUCAUCCACAGCGCAGUCCCUGGCGAUAAGAUUGAGAUCUGCGGUGCAUUUGAGACAUGGAAGUACCAACCCGGUGACUAUGAUCACAUUGCCAUGAUUGCCGGCGGCACAGGCGUCACGCCAUGUUACCAACUGAUCAAGAAAAUCCUCAAGGACCCCAGCGACAACACCCAGAUUUCACUAAUCUAUGCCAACCGAACGGAGGCCGACAUCUUGCUGCGCUCGGAGCUUGAAUUCCUGACCAACAAGUACCCUGAUCAGAUCAAGGUCUACCACACCGUCGAGACGGGCACGACAUGGUCGUGGAAGCAAGGCAAGGGGUACAUCAACGAAAAGAUGGUCCAGCAAAUGGUGCCUUCCCCUGACUCGGACAAGCGCCUGCAGAUCCUCGUGUGCGGCCCAGAAGGCAUGAUGAGACAUGUCUCGGGUACCAAGGGCACGCCGGUCGACCAAGACGAACAGGGCCCGCUCGGAGGCAUCCUUGCCAAGCUCGGAUACACGGCCGAGCAGGUUUACAAGCUCUAG